GACACAAGAGGCUGGUCCUCUCGCACUCACUCGCUCUACAGUUCCAUUGCUGCCUGACAUUCGUAUGCUGACGGUUGUGCCAACGGUAUCCUCGCGUACUUCGAAACCUGACAGCUCUCGGAGUCUGAAUCAGUGGAAAAUUUGUCGAUUCUCUUUGUACCAUGAUACCGAUCGUUCAGAUACUAGCCAUGAUAGGUGCAUUCCUGCUGGGAUUCGUCGUGUCCACCGUGUUGUUGCUCUUUGUCUUUUACCUGCUCAUCAAGCUACCAAAACAACAACGAACGAAACCCUUUCAGCAGUUCUUCCCCAUACACCUGCCACAGAAACUGUUAAAGCUUGUGCAGUCUAGCAACUGGAAAAAACAACGACAGACAGUUAUAGUUAUGAACCUCAUCAUGCAGUGUAUCUUCCGGGAAUGGAAGGACAGUAUAACUCUGCGAAGAGUCGUUCUCAGCAAACUGAACAAAGAAUUUGCAGACAUGGUGCAACGCGGGGCCGCCGGCAAGCUCCUUGAAAAAAUUCAGCUUCGCGAGUUGGAUUUUGGCACCGACUUCUUGACCAUCACCAGAGUCGCCGUGGAGAACGUCACUCUGCACGACACUUGGAAAACCAUUGAGGAACUGGAUGUGUUCCUGGCCCUGGAGUACGCUGGAGGAUUCACCUUAGCAGUGGACGCCGAUCUCAUCAUCGGUGGCCAGGUGUCGCUCUCUGUUAAGAUAACACACCUAUCGGGCAAGGCCCGCUUGCAGUUCUCCAGGAAGCCAUAUUCACACUGGUCCUUCGCCUUCUACGAGGAACCAAAAGUUGAAAUAUCUAUAGAAUCAUCCAUUCAAGGGCAGAACUUCCCCCAGAUUCCCAACAUUAUCAUGUCUCAGAUUCGACGUGUGCUACGCGCAAAGCACACCUUGCCUAACUACAGGAUACGCUUUAAGCCAAUAUGUCUAUUCCCCGAGCUUCGCAUCAACCCCCCUUUGAAGGAGAAGCUCUGCCAGACCGGGCAGCUUGAAGUGACUGUCGUGGAGUGUUCACGUCUGGUGCUUGGCGAGGGCUCGUACCAGCUUUAUUGCAUGCUGUCUCUUGAUGAGAGCCAGUGGAUCAACAUGGACAAAUUGGUUGGGACCCCAUGGAUCAACCUUGAACUUGAAAUUCAAAGACCGAAGAGUGCUGGGAUUGAACUCAAACAGGCACUGAUCGAAGGGAAGUUCCGGGAGGUCGUCAUGGUGGAAAGCGUGUCACCAGAUUCUUCAUUUGCAGCUGCUGGUGUAAUUCCGGGAGACGUGAUCACCUUUAUUAGAAACCAGGAGGUGACGGACGCAAAACAAGCGUUAAAGCUGUUUAGCAAAGGAGGAGAAAAAGUAAUCAUUAAAGUGGAGAGAAAGUCUGAGUACAAAUGGCAGAAGUCAGCCCAGGAAGGGCAGCACAUGACUGAAGUCAAGACCAAGGUAGACCACACCCAACACACGACAGCGGCUGACGAAGUCCGGACAAAAGCUGCGUUCGCAGCCAAGGCUUCCAUAGCGACUCUUCUUAUCGCUGGUUCCGGCAAACAAAAGAAAAUCGUGGGCGACAGCAACGAAAUUCUAUCUCGUGCCAAAGCCAAAGGGUUUCCCAUCAAACGUACCACAUUCGUCGUCUCCACAAAGGACCCCGUGUUUCUCGAAAAAUUCACUUUGGAAGUGAAGGAAAAAUACAAGUACCUCAAUGUGGGCAUCUGGAGCAAGGGUCAAACCAUUAAUCUGCGGGGCAUCAAGAAGCCCAGGCUCGAUAAUAUGCUCGCUUAUACCGCGAUUCCAUUGGCUCACAUUCUGGGAGAAUGCACGAAGACUGCCGAAGCUUACUAUUGUCAAGUAUUUAAGCUCCUUUGCCCCGAAUUCACGCAGUUGCCAAAAGAGUUUAUCAAGUACGCAAUGCUCGCUGGAUUUGACCCCAGGCUCUGCUACGGCGAUAUCACAAUGAGUUUCGUCUUCAAAGGGUGGUACAAAACGAAAUCUCUCGGGGCAGAGGACGAAGCACAGGCAUGCAAGCGUUCCACGGCGCCGCCAGCGGAUGAAGCUGUCGACAACCUCAUGGACGUGGACUCUAGUCCGACCAUUCAACCCGCUGCCAAGUCACUGAUUCAUGUCUUCGAAGAAGUCACACUGAAGAAAUCUAUAAACUGCAAGUUUUGCAACAACAGGAUAUGGUUGAGGAAGUGCUUACGCUGCACGGAAUGUCGCAUGAUCAUUCACAAGAAGUGUGAGGCACUCUGCAAACAGAAGACGAUAUGCAAGCAGGUAAUCUGGCCCGAUGAAGACGUGGUGGAGGAAACUAAACGCAAAGGGGAAUCGGACUCCAAGAUAACGGGGAUGGACUCUAAGUCGACGGAUAGCGUACAGAAGUCCGGCAAAGAAGAGCGUUCCUCCGCACCAGCAGUUAUACCGGUUCCUGGGUCUGCUGACCACAAGGUUGAGGAAGACCGUAAGUUCUUCAAGUCGUUGGAAAUGAACGCAGACGCCGAGAACCUGAACCACAUAUUGGACAGCCUGAGCCAUCGGAUAUUUGACCUUCGCUUGUUUGCCAUAGCGAACGAACAGGCCAAGUUCUUGCACGACGACUUGAAAGGCGACGAACGGCGAAAACGCAUUGAGAAUGUGUACCAGAAGGUGAAAGCAGUAUUUGAAAAGGAGAAACAAAACAAGGAAAAGCUGUCAGCUUCAGUGGCCGCAGCUACUGGCGGCGCGAAGUCCGAAGCGGAGACUAAACUGGCCCAGUGCGGAAAGCGACUGAAGGCAAUCAACCUGGUCCUCCUAUACUAUGCGUGUGGCCUGAAACGCAUGAACGUCGACCACCCAGAUGUGGCAAUUGAUGGGGACAAGCACAGCGAAGGGGAAAUGGAAUUAUAAUUUCAUUAUAAUAGUUUCUCAUA